AUGGGCGUGGGGUCGUUGCUAGUCGACAUUGCCGUCCCUAGCCCACUGAGGUACGAGACUGUGUGCUUCAACUUGGCCGAGAGAGGUCGGUAUAGGUAUGUGGCGUCGAGCGCCGAAACGGUGGUCGACCAGACUGCGUUAACGACGAACGAUGCGAGGCACGUGGGACUUGUAGCGCUCAACAAUUCGCUCUUUGUGGCGAUCACACGGCCCAACUGGACGGUGGACACGAUGUCGUUGUCGAGUUUUGGCCAUGGCGUCGUGCAGGUGGACGCUCCGUCGAUCGAGUCAACCACUGCGAUCGAGUUGAAAGCGUCGGGGCCAAAUGCUGUGGUGGCCGUGGCGGCCACACAAAUCGGAGCCAACGUGGUGGAGGUGACGAGCAAUGGAGCGGGCUCGGUGUACUUGACCAGCCGCAACUUGACUGUACGAGCACUGAAGAGCACGAUGGCGGGGCAGGGCGUGAUCAGCUACAUGGACAAUGGAACUUGCGUCCAUCAUGCUGUGUCGAUGCUCUCGAGUGGCGAGGUGUAUGCGGGCUCGUUGUACUGCAAUGAAACCACGGUGUAUUCUGUUGGGUCGGGCCAUGUCGUGGUGGACGGUGGCCGCUCUCUCACGUCGACCACAGUGGGAACGGGACGCCUGUCGUAUGUACGAACACUGCCAGAUGUGGUGGCGCAUGUUGGCUUUGCCCCGCGGCACGGCGUCCACCAGUACCGAGCCGGCGACGACGUCGGUCCGUUGCGAUGGAAGUUGCUGCCCAUUCCUCGACAUGAGGCCAAGCCCGUGGAGAUGGCCGUCCCGUCGUCGGCCCUCAACAUGCGUGCGCUGCCCACGUUGCUGACCUUGGCCAUGGACGUGGAAGCACUCGUGGGGAUUGCGCUCGUUGUAGCUGUGCCGAUGGUUCUGUGGACAUAUUUGCGUCGCCGUUUGUACUGGCGCCUUGCAUAGGCCGCCAUGUGCCAUUUUCUAACUCUCACGACAAGAUGUCGUUGCAGGUCUCUCCAUCUAAUACUAAACAUGGUUUGG